AUGGCAGGCCGAGAAGUGGAUGAGGACGAGGACCAGGACGACGAUGAGGAUGAGCAUGAAGAAGAGUCGGCUUUGAGCUCGUAUAGCUCACAGAUUCUGAUUCUCCUGACCAAUUUACUCAUCAGCAGGUGUGCCAGUGCCCGGGUGGCUUCUAUCUUUCGUCUUCCAGCCCCGAAACCGGAAUCUACGAUUGAAUUUCAGACACUAUACGUACAGUAUGCGGCACCCAACACCACCGCCCAUCCCACCAUCCGGCGACCAAGUAAAACGCAAAGGCUUUUGCAAUUUUUAUGUGCAAUUUUUUACAUGAGAACGAAAGGCGGUACGAGAUGUCGCUUGUGGCUCGUUAAGGUUAUGGGGGUGGUGGGGUGGCUGCUGUUUUUGGGGCGUUAA